GGCCAGAAUUUCGGAUACAGCAAGAAGUACGCAGAUAACUACGAGAAAGUGUUCGGAACCGGCCGCAUGACGGCAGACAAGGACAAGGCCCACCCUGGCGGAGAGAUCGAGUUCGGCGAUGGCCCCCUGGGCAUGGAGAUCGAGUGGUCUGCGCCACCGGUUGUCACGAGGGUGUUCCCCGGUGGUGCCGCGCAGAGGGCUGGAGUGGAGGAGGGUCAGGCGAUUGUCCGCAUAGGCGGCGAGGACAUGGCGCUGCCGCUGCCGGAGCUGGAGGUUGAGGAUCUCAUGGCGAAGCGGCCGCUGUUCAUGCAACUUGUCCCUGCCCGCGCAGCUGACAUGCUCGACAGAUCGUCACCACAGCGGCGGCGGGAAGAAGACGUUGUACGGCAGCUGGGAGUGGUGAGGCUGCCUGGAGCACUGAGCGUGGCGCUGGCGGAGGAGCUGGCGCGGUUUGUGCAGGCUGAGCGCGCCCGCAGCGAGGCCGCGGCGGGAGCCGACCCCUCGCGGGAGGCGGAGCUCUUCUCGGGCGUGCGGGCGCCGGGCGCGGCGCGGGAGCGUUGGGACCUGCGGUUGCCGCUGGAGGGGCCCCCGCGCGCGGCGCUCGAGGAGCUGCUUGGGCUGCCGAGCGCGCCAGGCGCGCCAGGGCUCGGCUGCGCGUUCGAGGCGCUGGCUGGCGCGGGCGCCGAGCUGUGGGAGCUGGGCGCGGUGGUGACCGAGCCGGGCGCCGCCGCGCAGCAGGUGCACGCGGACGCGCCCGCGCGAUGCCUGUACACGGCCUUCGUGGCGCUGCAAGACGUCUCGGAAGACAUGGGGCCCACCACGUUCUUCCCGGGCACCAACGCCGCGGCGGCGCACAGGAUGUUCGGGCAGGACCCCGCCGGCUUCCUGCGGUCCCGCGAGCCCCACGCCGCGCUGCUCCACGCUGGGGACGCGGUGCUAUACGACAGCAUGGUGCUCCACCACGGGGGCGCGAAUACCUCGGACAAGGUGCGCAUGCUCUUGUACGUCACCUUCAGGGCCGAGGGCGCGGACCCCCGGGCGCUGGGCGUGGAGCAGCACUCGAUCAGAGGCGCCUGGCGCGCGUGCGGCGCGCCUGGGGAGUGCUGGCGCGCGGCCGCGACGCGCCGUCGCGGGGGCACGGCCGCCGCGGACGUGGAGCCCGCUGGGCCCGACGCUGUCUACUGGCUCAUCGGCGAGGACGCACAGGCCUUCUUCAGGAACACGCUCGGGCGGCGGUGGCGCCUGCGGCGGAACGGGGGCCUCCGCCGCCUCCGCUUCUCCGUGGCGGACGCGCUGGGGCUCCUGAGUGACUUCGACCCGUGGACGGCCCGCGCGCAGCACACCCAGAGGAUGUGGCAGUACGGCUCUGCACGGUCGGUGUUCCUGAAGGGCGAGCAGGGUGGCAGGCCUCUGCGAUUCUGGAGCGCCUCUAUGUGCCGCUGCCUGCACGGCUCUUACGAGGACGUGGCCGACGAGGCACAGGUCGCUAAGUUCGUGGGGGAGCGCGACCUCUCCACUGCCGAGGCCUUCAGGGACAGGGGGGACCACUGGACGUUCGUAUUCAACCAGGUGCAGGGCGCGAGCCCUGAGAUUCAGGAUCUGCACCAUGCACUGUGGGCACUGUUAGGGAUUUCUGGUGGCGUGAAUGCCUACCUCACACCCCCGUUCGCUACAGGAAAGGCGGCGCACGUGGACGAGCACGACGUCUUCGUUGUGCAGCAGCACGGGGAGAAGAUAUGGUCCCUGUUCCAGGACGACAUGCGCACGCUCCUGCACGAAGCCACGCUGGCGCCCGGGGACGUGCUCUACCUGCCACAGGGCGUGGCCCACCAGGCACGAAACGAGGGCAGCGAGCCAUCGCUGCAUUUGUCCAUCAGCGUAUCGCGUUCGCCUCUCACAGGAGCUGGCCUGCUGGGCGCGUGCUCCGAACUGCGGGGCGCCAGAAGUCGCGUAGCGCGCGAGGCUGCGCAGCGCGCAGAGUGGCGGCGCCAGCGCAUCGCAGCCAAUUUGGCCCACGGUGGCCCUUGGGGCGCCCUGGCGCAGCUGCCGACGCUCGCUGGCGGCCCGCUGCGGCCUUUGCUGAUCGCGCUCGACCAAGAUGACCUGCCGCGCGGCGUGCGGGCAGAGGCGCUGAGUGGCGCGCUACUGGCCCUGGCGCGGGGGGUGCUGGCGGCGGCGCGCACCGACCCUGGUGCGGCUCCUGGCACUGCCCCAGCCGUCUGCGGGGACCGUGGGGCCGGCGUGGACCUUGCCUCCCUGGAGCUCGGUGCGCUGGCGCAGUCGGAGGGCGCCGAACACGAGGUGCUCGCGUCCUUCUGGGCCUGGCGCGAGCACCUGUUCGAGGAACACUACAUGGUCCACAUGCCGGCGUCGCUCCCCGAGGGCCCCGGGGCCGAGGCCCUGAGCGACCCCGGCGGCUCCCGCUGGCGUCGGCGCGCGGCCGCGGCCGCGCUGCUUGCGCCGGACGGGGCGCUGCUUCUGAACGGCUACCGGCUCUUGGGGCUGGGGGCCGGGAUGCUGGAGUUAAGUCCCCGCGGUGCGAUGCCCGGCGAUGUUGUGUGGCAGUGCAUGCACCAUAACUGCCUGUGCAACAUCGGGCCCUCCAUGCUCGCCAGCGACCUGGCGAACCUGGGCACGGAGGCCCGGAGGGUGAUCGACGCGGGUGCCGACUCCAUCCAUUUGGACAUCAUGGAUGGUAAUUUCGCGCCGAACAUUUCCUGGGGCCCGCCUGUCGUUGCCAGCCUCCGCAAGAGCGUGCCGCCGGAGGUUUUUUUCGAUUGCCACAUGAUGGUUGCCAACCCGCUGCAGUGGAUAGAGCCCAUCAGGGACGCUGGUGGCAACCAGUACACCUUCCACAUUGAGGCGGCCGGCGAGGCCGAGGGCGCGGCCGCCGAGGUCUGCAAGGCCGUCCGGGCCGCGGGCAUGAAGGUGGGCGUGGCGCUGAAGCCGGGGACGCCCUACAGCGUGGUAGCGCCCUUUGUGGCCCUGGUGGACAUGGUGCUUGUCAUGACGGUGGAGCCUGGCUUCGGCGGCCAAUCCUUCAUGCCCAACAUGAUGCCCAAGGUGCUCGAGAUUAGGACCGCGCACCCCACGCUGGACAUCCAGGUGGACGGCGGCCUCUCGCCGAGCACCGUGGAUGCGGCCGCCAAGGCCGGCGCCAACAUGAUCGUGGCGGGGUCGUCCGUCUUCAAGCCCGGCGUCGACCCCAAGGUCCCCAUCGGUGCCAUGCGCGCGAGCGUGGAGACCCACGGUAACGGCAGGAAGCCGGAGGAGCAGCAGGCGUGCCGCGAGCGGGUCGGGCGAGCCGCGGACGGCGGGGGUGCCAUGGGGAACGUGUUCAGCGCGUGCUUCGAGAAGAAGUUCGACGGGCAGCCCAACGAGGGGCAAUGGUGCCAGAAGAAGGCGACCAAGGCCGGGAAUAGGUUCUGCCAGGCCGUCAUCGCGAUGAUCUUGAAUGGCGUAGUGAUGUUCAACACCUGCCAGCAGAAGGCGACCAUGGCUGGGAACAGUCUCGGCAAAGUCGUCAUCGUCAAGAAUGUUGUGGUGCACAAGACCUUCCAGAAGAAGGCGACGAAGGCAAUCGGGCCUGUGGCUUCCAGUGCGUGA